AUGAGUGAAGCUGAGGACAAAGAAUCGUACACCGUCGGAUGGAUUUGUGCUCUCCCCCUGGAGAUGGCCGCCGCAGAACUCAUGCUCGACGAAAUUUACGACGACGUUCAAUUCGAGCAGGAUGAUGGUGACCACAACAGCUACACUCUAGGUCUAAUGCAAGGCCAUAGAGUAGUCAUCGCCUGUCUGCCGAAUGGUGUUUACGGAACAAAUCCAGCCGCCACAGUUGCUAAAGAUAUGCUCCGGACAUUCAAAUCUAUUCGAUUCGGCCUGCUAGUCGGGAUUGGAGGCGGGGCACCAUCGUCGGACCAUGACAUUCGACUUGGUGAUAUCGUCGUUAGCACGCCAAGUAACACCAGUGGAGGUGUAAUUCAGCAUGACCGAGGGAAAAAGAGAAAGCUUGAGGAGUUUGAACGAACAGGAUCGCUCAAUGCGCCGCCCAAGGCACUGCUGACAGCUCUAAGCCGUCUCCAAGCUCGUCACUUACGCGGUGCCAGCAAAACCCCCGGGUUCCUUUCCGAAGCGGUAGAAAAGAUCGAAAAAGCAUCAUUGCGACAGAAGUAUGCUUAUCAGGGCGAAUCCAACGACCGCUUAUUCCGAACAGAGUACGAGCAUGUCAAUGCUGGCUCUAACUGCAAUGAUUGCGAUAACUCGCAAACUGUGGAGCGGAUCGAUAGAGACGAUGCUGAUCCAGUGGUUCAUUAUGGUAAUAUCGCCUCGGGGAAUCAGGUCGUGAAGGAUAGUGAAACCAGGGAUCGACUGAGCAAGGAGCUUGGGGUGAUUUGCUUUGAGAUGGAGGCGGCUGGACUGAUGCAAGACUUUCCCUGCCUGGUGAUUCGUGGCAUCUGCGACUAUUCGGACAGUCAUAAGAACAAAAGAUGGCAGGAUUACGCCGCUGCAACUGCGGCCGCAUAUGCGAAGGAUCUUCUAUCAAGAGUGCUUCCCAGCAAUGUCAAGAAGGAGAAGGUCAUAGCUUUUGGCAAGUAG